AUGAGCUCUCGUUCUUCACAGUCGAGCCGCAGUUCGUCCGCGUCAUCGAGUCACAGCACUGGCUCGCAGCGUACUUACAAAACCAACCUUACUUCUCACUCAGACGUUCGUCCAGGGCUACAGCACUACGAUACAGCUCCAGCGAAGGUUUUCUGGUUCGCAGACGACCUGGGAGAGUGUCCAGACGGACAGUCGGACCCACGCUCAUCGGCGGAGACGUAUGCUUCUACGGUCUCUCCGAGUGAGGAUUUGGGCACUCAACCUGAAUAUGAGCUUCCACAGGAUCGCCCCAGAGUCUUCGACAGUGAAGCCAUUCCUUCAACGCCUUCUGAUUUCUCCAAGCUGUUCCCGACCACUCGUCGCCUACUCAUUCAGCACGAUGACACGACCUCGGACGGCAACAUGAACAUCCGAGUCGACACCGAAGCACUCUCUCCAGCAGGUGAAAGGCUGAAGAUGACGAUCUUCCACCUUCGGAUGAAGAAUUUGUACGAACGUCAAUUUUCGCUCCGACGAUACUGCCGUGAUUCGGGCCGUGAGGUGUGCAAUUCUACGAAGAAAUAUGUCAAGCCGCUGCCUCCGGGACUGCCGCAACAGAAACCACCAUUCUCAAGGUCGAUCACCACUGCCCUUCACAACCUUGGCAGGAAGCGAACUCAUCGACAGGACGCGGACUCUGAUUCUGAAGAUGGCGAGGAUCUCGAGCACGAGCUGAGGAACUUCACCUUGACGUCGGAAGUCAAGGCCGAUAUUCCUACCAACACUAUACGCUUGGAGUUCUCCAACUAUGCCCAAGUCGAGCUGCAUCGGCGACGUGGCCAUGCUCAUAGCAAGCAGUGGGACUUUGAGUAUUGGGGCGAGCCUUACUCAUGGCAAAGAGAUCUCAAGGAUGAUGAUGGCGAUGUCUUCUACACCUACGACCUUAUUAACCUACGUACAGGUGCUGAGGUUGCGCAUAUACUUCCAGACAAGCUCGAGCCGCAGCAAGCAGCAUUGGAGUGCCGACAAGGCAGCUGGAUCCCACCAUCAAGCAUGCGACUCAGAGAUGGUACCAUCUCCGCGGAUCUCGCAGACGUAAUUGUCUCGACUGGACUGACUGCUAUGGUCGACGACUGCAUCAAGCGUCGGUGGCACAGUAGAGGCACGGUCAGGCUACACGCUCCUAGCGCAGACGCGAAAGAGUACCUGGAACCAGAAGAAAUCGUGGAUCGAGUCUUUCCAAGGCGUGCAACAAAUCAACGACGGUAG